AUAAAAACAACAACAAAAGCCCAGAACCCUUUUGAGACCCCAACAAAAUCCAAUCUUCAUAAAACCCAUAUCUCACAUUCUUCAAACUCAGCCUGAAAACUCAUCAGCAAGAACCAAUCUUUUUCAAGAAACCAAUCUCAGCACUCAUUUAUUGGCAAAACCCACGUCCUUGUUUUGUUCAAGAUGAAGAAAUCUGAUCAAACUCCUUCCUCUUCUUCUUCAUCAAACCCAUCCUCUGUUCUCCAUCGCAAGACACCAAAACUCAGAGAGCAUUAUACAGUAGGCAAGAAGCUUGGCAAAGGUACAUAUGGUGAUGUUUACCUCUGCACUGAUAAGUCAAAUGGCAAAGAUUAUGCUUGCAAGUCAAUUUCAAAGAGUGGAAAAAGAGAAUACAGGGUUCAUUUGAGAGAGAUAGAGAUAAUGCACCAUGUCUCUGAUCUUUCAAAUGUGGUCAGAAUCAGAGAUACUUAUGAGGAUUCUGAGUCUGUUCAUUUGGUGAUGGAGCUUUGUGAAGGUGGAGAACUCCUUAAAUGGAUUAUGGACAAGGGCCCUUAUAGCGAGAAGAAGGCUGCACGCUUGAUUAAGACGAUAAUUGAAGUUGUGGAGGGUUGCCAUUCUCUUGGGGUGAUGCAUAGAGAUCUUAAGCCUGAGAAUUUCUUGUUUGUGAGUAAUGAUGAGGAUGCUGCACUCAAAGCUAUUGAUUUUGGGUUGUCGGCUUUUUAUAGGCCUGGUGAAAUAUUCCGUGAUCUUGUUGGGAGUCCUUCCUAUCUUGCGCCGGAGGUUGUGUAUGAACAUUAUGGUCCAGAGGCAGAUAUAUGGAGUGCUGGAGUGAUUUUAUACAUUUUAUUGAGCGGUGUUUUUCCCUUUGGGGGAGAUGAUAACAAUGCGAUAUUCAAGCAUAUCUUACGAGGGAAUUUGGAUUUGGAAUCUCAACCAUGGCAGCCCAUUUCCAACAGCGCUAAAGACCUCAUAGUUAGAAUGCUAGAUCGUGAUCCAAAGAAAAGAUCUACAGCUCAUCAAGUUCUCUGUCACCCAUGGAUCAUUGGUGAGGGAGUGGCUCCUGAGAAACCAUUGGACUCUGCUGUUUUAUCACGAAUGAAGCGGUUCUCAGCAAUGAACAAAUUAAAGAAGAUGGCGUUGAGAGUUAUAGCAGAAAAGAUAUCAGAAGAAGAGAUAGGGGGACUAAAGAAAUUGUUCAAAAUGUUCGACACAGAAAAUAGUGGUACAAUAACAUUUGAUGAGCUAAAAGAGGGUCUGAGAAGAGUAGGCUCAGAUCUAAAAGAGCCUGAGAUCCAGGCUCUUAUGGACGCGGCUGAUAUAGACAAUAAUGGGACAAUAGACUGUAAUGAAUUUCUCGCUACAACGCUUCACCUAAAUAAGUUGGAGAGAGAGGAGAACUUGAUAAAAGCUUUCUCCUUCUUUGACAAAGACGGGAGUGGUUACAUUACAGUCGAUGAUCUCUCACAAGCCUGUAAAGAUUUUGGCACCGGGGAUGUCAAUCUUGAUGAACUAAUCAAAGAGAUUGACGAAAACAAUGAUGGGCAGAUAGAUUACAGUGAGUUCGCAUGUAUGAUGAGAACAAGAAGAACCAUGCAGAAGAGUCUAAAUGCUAAAACUAGGUGAUGUUCUGAGAGAUCCAGAGCAUUAAGUAACUUUGGGGCACAGUUUUAGGUAGCGUGCCAUUGUGUAACUAGUUAAUUUCGGUGGCUAGAAACUGCUUACAUGAACUCAUGUUAGCUGCACUAUAUGAUGUACUAAAGAAUACUUUCCUGAAUGAACAAAUGAUGUAGUAGUUGAAUAAAUAGCAUCAUGUUGUUUUGGUAUUGUGAUAAGAACUGUUGAUAAUUUUCAACAGUUCCAAUAGCAGAUUAUGUAGAGCAGAUUG